AAAUCAGCCAACUGGGAAACCUGUGGUGUAGACACGAAAAAUUGAUGAACGCUUAAAUGAAUUGACGAUUAUGAUCAAAUAUCAAAUGCGCUUGAAUUGACUCAUAACAUCAAGCCGGUCAUGUGCGCAGAAAUGUAAUUCGAUAAGUGCCUGCGCAUGCACGAGUAACGAGCUAGCAAAAUGGCGGAUGCCUCCGGGUCAAAUGCCGGGCCAGGCAAGAAGCGUAAAAGGCCCGCAAAACUGCCGCCCAUGGAUGAGCUCGUCCAAAAAGCUAAACAAAGUUUUGCUACUAAACCGAAAAAGGAAUCGCAUUCGGUGUGCGGGUGGAACCCGUACACAAAGAAAAAGUCAAAUAAGAAUACAUACAAUGCAGGUCGACAGAAUCGCCGACAGAAGAAAGCCAAAGAGACUGAAGAGACAGCAGAACACUGCAUUCCAAAUGAUGGAGAAAAUGCAGAUUUGUGAGAUGAUUGUACGGAUAUUUUAAGCCGAGCGAGAGAACUGCUGAGAAACUGGGAGGGACAGAGCAGGCACAGGCCUUCCUGGAGCGAAAGAUCCAUCACACUACAAGAAAGCUGGGAAUCUCUGCGUUUUCAGCUAUUCAAUGCUAAACUAGGGUCGUUUGCAGUAAUGCCCAGCCAAACAUGCAUGCUUUGUAUUAAUAAAAUGCCAAGUAUACAGUGCCCAGACUGUGGACCAAGAACUGCUUUGUGUUCUGAGUGUGAUAUAUCUGUACAUAAAAGCAGUCCAUUCCACGACAGACAGGCACUGGUGCAGGGCCAUUAUGUUCCAAUAGUGCCCUGCUUAUCAUGGUGUACUACCUCAGAGACCUGGAAAAAUGAGAGUAAGCAUGAGAGUAAAAGUGGCUGAAAUAAUUAUUUACUGUAGUGUGUUUAAUAUUUUACUAUAAUAACUUAAUAUAUCUGUUUGGCAUAAAUGAUAGAUCAGAAAGAAUACUAAAUAACAUGAUUCGACAUUUGUAAAGACUUUGCGGCUAAUGGACUGACCGAGUAUAGCGGAUAUACAGUUAUGCUUAGCCAGUUUUAAUGUUAAUUGAAAUAAGUGUAUUGCAGUCGUUGCCAUCAUUGUAUGAUAUAUCCAUUGAAAUAUUAAGGAAAAAGUUCAACAUGGAA